AUGGAUCCGUCCGGGAUCAUUUGCAUCAUCGGUGUGGCAGGCCAAAUUCUCGCAACAUGUACCAAGCUCGGUUUGAACUGGCGGGACGCCCCAGACGAUGCCAAGAAGUUCAAGAGCGAGAUAGAUGGCUUGCACAAGACUCUUUGGGAAACGUACAACCACCUCAUCCAGAAUCCUGAUUUCAUCACCGCCUUUGAGGGCAAACAUUCUUCGGUCUUGUCGAGCCUGGCGGCACCAUCAAACUCAGACGACUCGGCUCUGCUCUUCACUUGCAAAGAAGAGCUAGAAGAUGUGCUCCAAAGCCUUCAGAAGCGACUUGGCGGGAGUCGCUUCGGAUGGGAGCGACUAAAGGCGACAUUUUCUAAUGAAAAGACACAGUCCGCCAUCGAAAAUGUACAGCGGCGAUGCCAAGAUAUCAACAGUAAGAUCUUGAUUGACAACACGACGCUUGCUGUCAAGACGAAUCUUGAGGUCCGAUCUACACGCAAAGAACUUACCGAACGGCAUCUUGAGGAAAAGAAGAGGAAAAUUCUCGACUGGAUCACAUCGAUCGACUUUGCAGCACAGCAGAUUGACAACCUCGAGAGAAGACAAGAGGGAACUGGACAAUGGCUUCUCGAGGCUCCAGAAUUUCAAGCUUGGAUCAAGGAAGACCGAAAGACACUCUUUUGUCCUGGAAUGCCAGGCGCUGGGAAGACCAUGCUCUCUUCAAUCGUCAUCGAGCACCUUCAACAAGAGUUUGAUGAAGACCCUACAGUUGGGAUAGCCUACAUAUUCUGCAACUUCCGGCGACACGACGAACAAAAGCCUCGAGAACUACUCGCCAGUAUCUUGAAGCAACUUUAUUGGGCCAUGCCAGCUGGACUCAAUGACGUGGAGAAAGUUUAUGAAGAGCAUAAAAGCCCCACCGGCUAUACUCCAAUGUCGACGCCAGAAGUCAUAGCAUGCCUUCGGUCUGUGAUAUCUUGCUUUGACAAGGUGUACAUACUUCUCGACGCACUAGAUGAAUGCCGCAGAGAUGAAGGGUACCGAGAUAUCCUUCUCACAACUGUACUGGGACUGAACAAGACCGCCAACGUCAAUUGCUUUGUGACAUCAAGGCGCAUACCAGAGAUUGAGACCCACUUCGAAGACGCCAUGUCGAUUGAAAUUCAGGCCAUGGACGAUGAUGUGAUGAGAUUCCUGGACGGCCAUAUGUCUAAGCUUCCCUCGGCUGUAAGGAAGAGCAAGGAACUGCAAGACGAAGUCAAAAACGGCAUUGUUCGUGCUGUGCAAGGAAUGUUUCUGCUGGCACACCUCCACUUGGAUUCAUUGCAAGGAAAACGCUCAGCAAAAGCCAUUAAAGACGCCCUUGCAAAGCUUGCGAGCGGAUCUUCAGCGUACGAUGUUGCCUAUAACGAAGCCAUGGAACGUAUUGAAGGGCAACUCGAAGAUCAAGAGAGCCUCGCUAAAGACGCGCUAUCUUGGGUGGUGUGUGCCAGACGACCACUCAAGACAUUAGAAUUGCAACAUGCCCUUGCCAUCGAAGUAGGCACAAAUGAACUAGAUGAAGACAAUAUCACCGAGCUGGAAGACAUUGUGUCAGUCUGCGCCGGAUUGAUUACCGUUGAUGAAGAGAGUGGAAUCAUUCGGCUUGUCCACUACACGACUCAGGAGUACUUCGAGAGGACCUUAGAACAGUGGUUACCUAAUGGGCAGCGACUGAUUACGGAAUCAUGCAUCACUUACCUCUCCUUCGACGCCUUUAGUUUAGGUAUAUGCCGUCGUGAUCUGGAAACCCGCCUUGAAAACCACCCGCUUUUCGAGUAUGCGGCACUUGAAUGGGGACACCAUGCUCAAAGUAUAUCACCUCCACCGGAGGAAUUAAUAUCCUUUUUGAUGGGUAGCCAAGACAAUCUCGAGGCUGCCUUUGAGGUCCCUUGGAAGAGGCAUUUGAUUGGAGUGGAAGGUCCCCCAACUAGCCUCUGUGGUCUUCAUCUCGCGGCAUACUUUGGUCUCAAAGAAGCUUUCACUACGGUUCUCGAACGGUCUACAACAGCGGUUAACAUAAAUGUUCGUGAUGAUUACGAUCUCACGCCUCUCUCGUAUGCCGCCAUGGGAAGCAACGCCGGGUUGAUUGCUUGGCUAUUGAGCGUUGACGAGAUUGAAGCGAACUUGAAGACCAAAUGCUAUCAUUACACCCCAUUAGCUAUCGCUAUUAUUACUGGUAACAUGGCUGGCAUUCAAUCGUUAAUCGAAUCUGAAAAAGUCGACCUCGACACCAAGGAUGAUGAAUGGAGAAAGUCUCCUCUAAUUCUGGCGGCGGAAAGAGGCUACGUUGAAAUAGUCAAAGCUCUCGUAGAAUCAGACAGGGUUGACAUCAACUCGCAAAACCAUUUGAAAGUUGCGGCCUUGUCAAUGGCUGUUGGCCAAGUUGACGCCAAUCUGUGUGUGGAAGGGCUCGGGGGCUUUACGCCGCUGUACAUUGCUCUCCAUGAAUUCGGUCAAGAGCAUUUAAUCAUUAAACUUAUGCUGGACAGAUUGAAAGCCAUUGGAAUUGACAGCGAAGCUACGCUACAAGCUACAAUUACAAAGCUACAGGCAGACAUGACCGUGGAUCUCAAAUAG